CACCGAUCGACCGCGAGACAAGUGAGCGUCCGUACGUCGUCAGCGUCGUCGCGCGCUAGCAGCCAUGGCGCAGCAGCAGCAGCAGCAACAGCAGCCGUCUCACCACAAGGUGGCGCUGCGAGAGGACGGGUUGCCGCGGGCGCAGGGCCUCUACGACCCGGAUCUGGAGAAGGACGCGUGCGGGGUCGGCUUCAUCGUCAACAUCGACGGCAUCCCGUCGCAGCGGGUGAUCCGGGAGUCGCAGAGCAUGAUCAUGCACAUGGAGCAUCGCGGCGCGGCGUCGGCCGACAACGAGACGGGAGAUGGCGCCGGUGUGCUCGCCGGCAUCCCACACAAGCUGUACGAGGCGGCGCUGCUGAGUGAGGAGUGCGGCGGUGUGGAGCUGCCAGCACCGGGAGGCUACGCUACCGGAAUCACGUUCCAAGAUCCCGAGACGUCCGCGAAGACUGAGGAACAGUUCAUGAAGCUAGCCGAGGAGAACGAACUGAAGAUUCUCUGCUGGAGGACGCUGCCCGUCGACGCAUCCGUUCUCGGAAAAGUGGCCAAGUCGCAGGAGCCCUACUGUCGCCAGCUCAUCGCGUUCUUGCUGGUUGUUUUCUCCGUUUGGGUCUCGCGCUCGCAGCAGAGCUUUGGAUGA